CUGGCAGGCGGUCGUACGAGUAGUAACAGAAUUCGUCACGAGACGGCGCCACCGUCGCGGCUAGCCGUUCACCGACUAGUACGUAUUUUGUGAUUUUAUCCCGCGAAUAGCCUGAAUUUCCUCGUUUCCCGUGAACUCCGCGUCGUGACUUUUUAGUGCUGGUGCGCGUUCGCGUUUCCUGGGCACGGGAAGCUCGGGGCAUGCAGUUCUUGUCACUUGGGAAAGGUUAAAAUAUCAUUAAAAGAACGGGACUUCGCGCUCGUGCGUGUUCCAGGCAUGGAGUGGACUGAGUGCGCCCGUUUUAAAUCAUUACGAGCGCUCAUGGCUCAUCCCGUCCUAAGAAGGUCGGAGCCAUCCGGGGCAGCGAGAGACGCGCCAGACGCCGGCAAAGUCUCCCUCUAAGGAGAGAGAGUGACGCGACAUGGUCGCCCUCUGUCAGAAGGCGGAACGUUUAACGUGAUCCGAGAAGAAGGAAGCAGCUCGUGAAGAUGUCCAUCCAGGUGUCGCGCAACGUGGGACGAUCGACGUCGAAGUAAGGAUGGACGAGAUACGUGGCUCACCGGCCCGUCGGCUCUCCCAGAUCCUGGACCCAAUCGCCCGUCUCACCUCGGACUUCGGCUCUAACUCUGCGCCCUGCAGUCCACGUCUGGGCACGCGGCACGACUGCGGACAGGAUGUACCGAGGGCUACCGCAAGCUCCUCAUCCGAGAAUGGCCGGAUACAUCCUGGUCAGGCUGACUCGCCGCGUCUGUAUCCCGGUGGACCCGAGAGUCCACGAUUGCUACCGAGGAGGGUGCGUCAGGCCCCGACGCCUCCACCGAGACCACACAACAGUCCUGUGCACUUCCGGGACUCGCCGUACGUGAACGUCUCCAAUCUCCUAUUUCAGAAGGAUAAGUCCUUCACGGAGACGGCCAAGAGUGCGGGCUACGUUGAGCUCAAGGACGCCAAGUCCAAGAACAGCCCCUACAACUUCACCUCCGAGUCCAGCGGCCACGUUGAAUAUGCCGAUAAACGCGGCUUCGCAGCGCACACGGACUUUGGGCCUACCAGCUUCGAGAACAAGGCCCACGACAUACAGAAUCUCAAUCGAGGUCGCUCGCCCUUUGACCCAGGACCCUCCUCACGGCAGUUCGAGAGGACACUGUCGCUCUCGGGACGCGCCGAAGUCGCACCCAGUCGACACUUCACUGCGGAAAAUCGUCUCUUCGCCGAUCGGUCCGAGCAGCACAAAAAGGAUAAAUUGGACGCCCGACCCGGUUACGGUGCUUCCAAGAGCUUCGACGGCUACUCCGGUACCGCGGAGGAGCUUAACUGGCAGGAAAGGUGCUUGGAACUUCAGCUGGAACUUCACCGUAGUAGAAGUCAGGCCACCAGGGUGCGGGAUAUGCUUCGUGACAAGCUCUCGGAGCUCGAGCAACGGGUUCUCGAAGCGGAAGGCAGAGCCGACGAAGCGGAGGACAAGGUACGGAUGAUGGAGGAGCGGCUUGUGAAGGGUGAAUAUUGCUUGAGCACUUCCGGUGUCGGUUCUCCGCCACACUCGUUACCAUCCACUUCCGGUGUGCAGAAUGACAAAAUCGAGGACGUUCACUGUGCCUGCAUCUCGAAAUUAGAGACCCAGGUAGAGGAGCAGAGACAGCUGAGACUUCAGGACGCAAGGCAGGUUGAGGCCAAAGCCGCUAGGAUCAAGGAGUGGGUGACGAACAAGUUGCGUGAACUGGAACAACAGAAUCAGCACUUGCGCGAACAGAAUAACAAGUGCAAUCAGCAACUGGAGUUGUUGCGUAAUCACAUUACCAAUAUUGGACUGAGAACACCUGCUCCAACGAGAGCAUCCUUGUCGCUUGAAGUAGAUCCUACAGUUCGUAGAAGGUCCGAGAGUCUCGAAGCGACCCCGCAGACCGUACCAGAGAACGUUCAGAGUUCUGCCGCUGAGCCACAGAUCGGUACCAGGCACAGGAGACAUCUGUCUGCUUGUGGAACUAUUCAGCAAGGAAUCCCUGCUACCAAUAUGGAUUCCAGUCUCUUGUCCGAGGAACUGGCUGCGGCAGUGGAGAAUCUCGUUAUGCUACCAAGCAUACCGGGUGUCGCUGAGACCAGUAGAGACAGUGGAAGUUCUGAAGCUGUUCAUGACUAUGCAGAGAUCUACACACCCAGUAGAGAAGGUAUCAACUGGACCCAAGCUGGAGGACAGGGUCCACGACCACCUACUCCACCUUUACAUAGAUUUCCUAGUUGGGAAGCCAAGAUCUAUCAGGUGGCAGAUGGUGGUCUUGGCAUAGGUCCACGAACCAAUGAAGAAUCUGCACCCUCGACUACGACAAACACAACAAGCUCCUCUAAACAUUCCCACGCAACGGGGCAUAAUUUGACUGCACAUAACUCCCAGGGAUAUUGUGACAUAUCAGUGCCAGUUUAUGCCACGGUCAAAGGGCGUGCUAGUCAAAUAAGGUCCAUGCCUUUUGGAGACAGUUCGGAUGACAGUUCCGACGGGGAGGAGCACCCCAACCAGACAGAGACCAAUACCAGGAUCACAAACAGUUCCUCAGACAACACAGACUCUUCUCUAGGUAGUGGUAGUAGUCCUUCGAAAAGUGUCAAGACCACUAGCAGUCUCAGUCCUGCUAAAAGAAGCUCCAGCGGUUCUCCAAGCAAGAGCGUAAAACGUGAUACCUCUCUGGAGUCUGGCCUGUCAGAGGAUUACGCGAUACCACCAGAUGCUCUGAGCUCUACCUCCCUGGAGUCCAGUAUGCCAAGUUUACUGAUGCGCGUUUCCGGUGAGAGUCCUAAGAGGCUGGAAUCUCUUGAGAAGACUGGACACCUUGCAAAGCUCGGUGGAAAAUUAAAAACAUGGCGGAAGCGAUGGUUUGUUUUGAAGAACGGUGUUCUGACAUAUUGGAAGAGUCAGAACGACAUUAAUCGUAAACCUCAGGGACAAAUACUCUUAGACGAAGUCUGCAGGAUAAACCGAGCAGAGGGCGCAGCCACUUUCGAAAUUGCUACAGGUAAAAAGACAUAUUACCUGACUGCGGAUUGCAUAGCGACUAUGGAGGAUUGGAUCAGAGUUCUGCAAAACGUACAGAGACGUAACGCGACGAAGCUUCUCCUAAGCAAGGAGGAUAAUAAGCCAACGAUACAGGGUUGGUUAACGAAAGUGAAGAAUGGUCACGCGAAAAAGUGCUGGUGCGUCCUCAUCGGCAAAAUGUUCCUUUACUUCAAGUGUCCCAGCGAUACGAAUCCUAUUGGUCAAAUAAAUAUGAGGGACGCAAGGGUAGAAGAAGUAGAACACGUAUCGGACAGCGAUAGUGAAGAACGUGACGCAGAGUGUCCACACGAGAGAACAAUUGGAAUUUUUCCAACUCAUCAGGGUCCCACGUAUCUCCUAAUGCCUUACAAACAAGAUAAAGAUAAUUGGCUGUAUCAUUUAACUGUGGUGUCCGGCGGUGGACCCAGUGCGGGGACUCAGUACGAGCAGCUGGUACAGAGGCUGAUGGAAACUGACGGAGACCCAAGCUGUGUAUUAUGGAGACAUCCUUUGUUAUUGCAUACCAAGGAAAAUAUAACAAGUCCUUUAACUAGCCUUACCUCUGAAGCUUUGCAAACCGAGGCGAUAAAACUGUUUAAGGCCUGUCAGUUGUUCAUGUCUGUUGCCGUGGAACAGGCUGGUAUAGAUUAUCACGUGGUCCUUGCCCAGAAUGCACUUCAACAGUGUUUAGAUCAACCGGAACUUCAGUCUGAAUUCAUUUGUGCUCUGGUAAAGCAGACUAGUCGUCACACUCAGCAGCGUUUGGGCGUACAGGUAAAAAAGGCCGCCAGACUUGUGUCGCUGGGUACUGCGCGCGUUCAGCUCCUCCUCUGCGCCACGCAAUCGCUCUUCACCUGCGAUACGCAAAGUCCCGCGGCAAAUGGCAGCGGCGAAAAUGCGGACGCACAAUCGACGGCCUCCACUUCUCACAGUCCUCCGCUCACGCAGGGCCAUUCGACAGCCACAAUAUUGGACUGCAAGACCAACCCUGCCCAAUACGUACUCGUCCAGGGUUGGCAGCUCUUGGCACUGGCUGUGUCAUUAUUCUUACCGCGAAAUAAUCGGCUACUGUGGUACCUGAAGCUGCAUCUUCAAAGGAAUGCUGAUUCCAAAACUGAGUGUGGCAAAUAUGCAGCCUACUGCGAGAGAGCUCUCGAGAGAACAUUACAGAAUAGUGGUCGUGAAGUUAAACCAUCUAGAAUGGAAGUUUUAUCUAUUCUGUUGAAGAACCCAUAUCAUCAUUCUCUACCUCAUGCCAUACCGGUUCACUUUCUGAAUGGGACUUAUCAGGUUGUGAGCUUCGAUGGUAGUACUACUAUUGAGGAAUUCUUGAACACUCUAAAUCAAGAGAUUGGCUGUAGGGAUGUUCACCAGUCUGGGUUUACAUUGUUCAGUGAUGAUCCCAUUGAGAAGGACUUGGAACACUUUAUCGAUCUUCAAGCUAAGCUCUGCGAUAUCAUCUCAAAAUGGGAAACUGCACUAAGAGAAAAGGGAUCUGGAAAGUUUGAAAAUACUAGGGUGAUACAGUUAACGUACAAGUCUCGGUGCUACUGGCGACAAGCUGCUAAAAUGGAGACUGAUAGAGAACGUCUGUUGUUGUGUUAUCAAGUGAAUCAACAGGUUGUACAGGGAAAGUUCCCACUAAACCGAGAACUGGCCUUUGAGCUUGCAUCUUUGAUGGCUCAAAUUGAUUUUGGAGAGUACAAUAAUGAUAAAACUCGAGGAAGCGGACCAGGAAGUAAUCCACAUCAUCUGGUACUGCAAGCCUUGGAUAAAUUCUACCCUGUUAGAUAUCGAUCAAACAUUACAGCUGAUCAAUUAAGAGAACUACAAGAAAAACUCCAAGAAAAAUGGAUAGCCCUGAGAGGACGUAGUGUCGUGGAUUGCGUUCGUAUUUAUCUAACUUGUACAAGAAAAUGGCCUUUCUUCGGUGCUACCCUGUAUCAAGCAAAGCUAAAGCAGGUCGAACCGGUCACUGUGUGGAUAGCGGUGUCAGAAGACAGCGUCACACUAUUAGACCUACAAACAAUGGCGGUAGUAUGCCGUUACAAUUACGGCAACAUAGUAACAUUCGGUGGAUGUCUAGAUGAUUUCAUGCUCGUCGCAUGUCCGGAUGAAGGUGCUGCUGAACAAAAGCUACUGUUUGCCCUGAGCAAACCUAAGAUAUUGGAGAUAACUCUAUUAAUCGCGGAUUAUAUGAACGCCUUGGGUCACGCAUUGCCAGGAACCCCACAGAUGAACACACUGACUCGCAACGGCUCCCACAGAUCCAUCAAAUCCAACUUGAGGCCCGCUACCGGUUCAAGCUGUCUUCCAACGCAACCAGACAUAUUGAAAUCGACCCCUGACCACCAAAGACCCUGAAAAGACUGCGCGAUUUAUCGUUGAAGUGGAUGAGAAGCACGUUAACUACUAUUACUGCUACUAUUACUAUCUGUUUACGACUGUCAAGAAAUAAUGGUUCUACGAUGGCACUAAAGUGAUAUCCAUUCGCGAUGACGUACCACAACUUAUGGUAUUCUAAAUAGAUAGAAGACGACAGCGCCGGAAAUCCGUUUGUGCUGAUUUCAACGAAAAAAAAAAUUGCGGCAUUGCAGACGGAUAAUGGACGUGAAUAAUUGGGGUUGUAUUUUCUACGUUAAUAUUAACGAACAAACAUGGAUAAUGAGCAAUCGAGGAAUCGUGUGUGUAAUAUAUAUGAAAUAAUCGACUCGAUUAAAGCGCGAUAGAGACACGCAGUAGCCAUUGAAGGUGAUAUUAUUGCAAGCGCAUAUUAAGGGAAGAAAUGGAUGAAAUAUGAAAACGAUUUUGGAAACACUGCCUAAUUAGUGAAUUUGGUAACAUCGAAUAAUUUUGUUCGAGAGCUAAGCAAUGUGCUGAAAUCUUUUGCUACCGUAUUUAUAUACCAAAUUCGUGUGUAAGGUAACGUAAUCUCCGAACAGGAGUUUUCAAUUAGCGACAGCAUUGAAUUGCAUAUUGUGUACAUACAAACAGUAGCUACUACUAUAUGUUUAGAGAUUUAAUUUGUAACGUGGACGAAGACAUAUGGAUUCGAUGUUCGUGAAGCCCAGGGAUGCUUCUCGGAAGAAUCUAACUCUUGCCAAAAAAAAAACAAGGAAAAAAGUAUAGAAAGAAAAUAAAGGAACAGUGUAAAUUCAUAACGUGAGUGAGCAAAAUAUUAUUAUUUUACACUAGCCGCAUGCGGAAUGGACGCUAAUGUCUUAAGAAGAGGAUACAUACAAUUUUGUAUAUUACUUUUGUAUAUUGUUACGAACCCAAUCGAGCUGUAUUGUUACAAGUAUGUUUUUCCUCUCUCAUUCUCGAAUCUACUUGUACUUUCCACGUGGCCAUUUAUACUGUUUUUUUUUCUAUCGACCGCGAUAGUCUAAUUUAUUAAUAACGCUAAGCCUAUUUGCCAUGAUUGUGAGGUAUCUCGUUGCCGUACACGUUUGCGGGGACAUUUUAUACAUAUUUCAAUUUCAUUGCGCCAUUACUUGUAUCCUGCACGAACUCACAAAUCUUCGUACAAGUCUGGACGAAAAUGAAAAACGAAAUUGAAGAUUUCAUUGAUUCUAUUUAGAAUUUCAAACGCCAUAUUUACAAAUUUUUAAGAAAGUCUCGUCCUAUUCUUUUAUUUAAAGACUAACUCCGAUUAUCGAUUUGAUAUUAUGCUGGUAGCAGCUAGUCUUAGAAUAUUUUACAUAUUUAUUUAUACUGAGUAUAUUGUUUGUUUUAUGUAAGAGGACGACCAAAUAGUUGUAAAGAGGGGGAUCUUUAUUGAAUGAGAACAGCACUUUUGUGAUUUUCCGAAGCGUAUCAUGUACCGAUUUGAUUAUACCAUAAAAGAGUAACAAGAGAGACGAUGAAAAAUAUAUAUAUACCGUAGAAGUUUUGUACUGAAUUGACGUGUCCUACGUACUACUAGCAGACGUCUUCCUUUACAAUGUAAAACACAAAUGAAAUAAAACUAAUGUAGGGCUUUCGUAUAAUAUGUACAAGACUUCUAUUCUUAUUCUUGGUAAACUGAAUGGCAUUGUGGCUAUUUCUCAUUUUUCACUAUUUAUUUGCCUCUAAUUAAUCGGUAUCCGGCAAAUUAAUAAUUAUAAACGUGCGUCAUUUUUUGGUCGGAGUAGCUCGAACCUCAGAUUAUUGGGAACAGUACAAAACGAGAAACGUUAGAGAGAAAUGGCACUUUGUCCCUGAUUUCAUUUUUUUAUAAGGUAUAAUUAAAAAAUGAUAUUGCGUAAGUGUCCUCUGGGCGCCUCUAUGGUAAUACAUUAACAUUCAUUCAUUCUGUAAAUAUCAUGUGUAGUCGUAGAUCUCUUAGGUAUAUUAGGAUCAAAAUGGGCAGCUGGUAUACCAUUGGGUUACUAAUGUAAUAGCCAUGAUAAACAAACAAAGAAUGGGCAAUCUGUGCUGCGCCAUCUCAGCCUAAUUUCUGUAGAUCUUUAUUUAUUAUUUAUUCGCAUAAACCGGCGCAUGAGAGAUGCGAACAAUGUAUGGUAAAAACGAAACGUUGUACUAUUGUACAAAAGAAUAAAUAAACUUUGCUCCAAUUGUC